AUGCGAAAUAGUUUGCCUCCCCAGUUUGACGCAGCCGCAGCCGCCAGUGAUGUCGUCAUCCUGCCCUCUCCGCCGGAUGAAGCCAGUCCGGUGCUCAUGCAGGGCCUCACACCAGAGCGGGUGGCGCAGUGGACCGUAAAGGAUGUAGAGAGCCACAUCUUCUUCAUGGUCUGGGUCUGCGGCAUACCUGUUCAUGUCCGGUACAUCGUGCAUAUUCUAGAGCAUAGUACGGUGAUCGCUCGAGGAGGUGGAGAGCAGAUCCCUCAUGGCGGGUCGACGAGAGAAUCGCUGACAGCGGUGGCCCAAGCAGACGUCCUUGCGCCUGUGUGCCGUCGAGCUGCUGCGCUGCGUCAAGUCGUCUCCCGGUGGCCCAUCAUGGCCACACUGCACGGUCUACGAAACCACGAGUCGUUCUCCGAGCUUGUGUCGCUUGGUGUCCUGAGUGACGAGCCCGAACAUGAGGGGGACGCGAUUCGACCCGCUGAGGGCGGUCAGCGCUGGGUCCACUGCGGCAGCAUCGGGUCCACUGCAUUCUCCUCUACCUCCUCACUGCCUUGCACCCUUCUUCAUGCGGGGGCUGUCACGCCAGCGGAAAACUUUGUCAACGUGGCAGCGCUCGCACUGCGCUCGCCAGCAGAACGAGAGGGCACGUCGCUGUCGUCCGAACCGAGCGCCACCUGGUGUGCGCAAGCAUACUGGACAGCGGUGGCGCAAGCGCAGCAGUGGAUUACCAGGUGGCCCACGCUCAGCAGUGACGCCGUGCGUAACACCGACUCGCUCGGCGGCAUUGACGCUGCAGCCGCCUCUGCAUGGCCCCAUCUACGACCGGCAUGUACAUCGACUGCUCCUGGGCGGCGGCGCCUUCGUGGUGGUGACGCACCGAUCACUAGCGGCGUUGUAGUCGUGGACGCCGACGAGGGGGAUGCACGAGGCAGCACUAGUGGCGCCGGCCCCACCUCCAGUGCCGCCAACGACGCCGUGCGUCAUUCAAAGGCUCAGCGACGUGAGGCGGCUGAGGUUGUCGUCAUAGACAGUGACGACGAUGACUUGUGA